GAUUAUACACUGGAUGAUUCAUUUUGGAGCGAAGACGGGCCCUUUGGUAACUUACCGGAAGACGCAAAAUCUGAUGAGGUGGAACGGCUGCUGCGAGGGUAUCGACAGAACCAAGACUUAGUGCGCAACAUCGCUGGCCAUUACUAUCAGAUCAUAUACCCCGUUCAGCUGCGCCACCACGAGAAGAUGGGCAUUUCCACCCGGGAAGUCAGCACUCCAAAGGGUCGUGGAUUUGGUUCAGACUACCAGCAAGGGACAAGAAUGCGUGCUAGGACUGGCAAACACUUUCACCGCACAUCGCUGCUCAUCAAAGCCUUUAAUCACAAGUUCCGUCUAGACCUCGAGCUUAACACGCAACUACUGGCACCAAACCUAAAGCAAACACAAUACCUCGCAAAUGGGGCUGAAAGUGAAGUAAGAACGGAAAUCGAGCACUGUUACUACCACGGCACCGUAAAAGACUACCCUGGCGCGUCAGCCGCCUUUCACACUUGCAACGGUGUGUCGGGUGUCAUCCACAUCGGCAACGAGACCUUCGUUAUUCACCCCUUCUACGGCGGCGAUUUAUCGAAACACCCUCAUGUGAUCUUUGAGGCGCGCACCAAGAUGAACAGGGGUUGCGGCAACAAGCUCGACCUGAACAUCCAGAAGAUGGGCCGGCGAACCAAGCACAUCGAGUAUAUACAGACUGCGCUCGCUGACGCUACUGACUACACUGGUAAAGCGGGAGACUGGUGGAAGCAGGGUUUAAACACAUACGCCAUCCGGAGGUUCAAGCGUGACGUCAGGGAAACUACGAAAUACAUCGAAACAGCGCUGGUCAUCGACAGAGCAAUGUUCGAGAACAGGAAUGGCAGCACGCGGUCAGAAGUCGUCCAUGAUGCUAUCCAAGUCGCCAAUAUCGCUGAUCUGUACUUUCGCACGCUCAACACACGGGUCUCGGUCGUCUACAUCGAGUCCUGGCAGAGUGCGGAUCAGGCGGACUUCGACAGAAAGCAUGAUAUCACCAAAGCCAUCCAGAAAUUCAGCGAUUACGCUGCCAGAAAGCUUUACAAGAUAGAAAAGGACACCACGCAAUUCCUAUCCGGAACAAGUUUUCCCGGAGACCAAGCUGGUAUAUCGGUACCAAACACCAUGUGCACUCCGAAGUCUGUGGGCAUAUCCGUGGACUCCAACCCCUACGAGCCUCACCUGCUGGCUGGUACUAUGGCACAUAUGAUCGGACACAACAUUGGUAUGGGCCACGACGACGGCAGAGAAAACUGCUUCUGCCGGGACUGGCACGGCUGUAUCAUGGCGCAAUCCAUCGUCGGCCUGGAAAACGUUCAGCCGUACAAGUUCUCAGAGUGCUCUAAGAACGAUUACAUUAGCGAGCUUAGGGGCGGCCAAGGGCUUUGUUUGCUGAACAAACCUAAUGAGUUGAUAGUGCACCGUCAGUGUGGUAACGGACGCCUGGACGAAGGCGAGGAGUGUGACUGUGGGACGCUUGCCGAAUGUGAUCACAACAGCCCUUGCUGCGACCCCUUCACCUGCCGCCUUACCAAAGAAGCGCAGUGUGCAGAAGGCGAAUGCUGUGAGAGAUGCCAGCUAAAACUACGCGGCGUCAUAUGUCGCGAGUCAAUGAACGAGUGUGACUUAGAGGAGACCUGCACCGGACUAUCCGGCUCAUGUCCAGCCGACUCGUACAAGAAGAAUGGGGUGGCCUGCCAGUCGGGCAAGGGUCAUUGCUACGCCGGACAUUGUCCUACUUUAGCUACUCAGUGCGAGAAGAUAUGGGGAACCGGCUCAACUGGUGCUGACAAAGAAUGCUUUGAACAGUUCAACUCUAAAGGUUCGGUGACAGGACACUGUGGAAAGGACAACGGUGGAAACUUCAUGAAGUGUGAAUCGGAGAACGUAAAAUGUGGAUCACUGCAGUGCCAGUCCGGGAACAGAUACCCGGUAGUUCCGGGCAUGGACGAGUACUAUACCCGGACCGUCGUCACUAUCAAGGGACAAGAAUACGACUGCAAGGCUACAACCGGUCCUCCAGAGUACUCCAAGAUCGGGCGCUUGGGACUUGUCAUGGACGGCAGCCCCUGUGGAAACAAUCUCAUCUGCGUGAACCAGACCUGCGUAUCCAUGUACCCUUUCGUCGACCAGUCCAAGUGCCCAACCGACCACAAUAACAACGAAUGCUCAGCUAAGGGGGUUUGCUCCAACCUGAACAAAUGCGUCUGCAACCGUGGCUGGACGGGCCCCGAUUGCUCUCAACCGGACGCGCUCCCCCCUUCGCCUACCCCCUACGUCGCAGAAAACGUGACCAGAGCUGCCUACAACAUGACCAAGAAGGAAACCGCGUAUGAGAACUACCACGGCUCGAACACGGUAUUCCUCGUGGCGGUGCUCAUGUCUGUAGUAGGGGGGGUAUUCAUAGUAUUUGCCCUGAGCGCUCUCUGCUACAGGUCAGUCGUAGUACACAAAAACUUCUCCCUGUGCCUAAGGAAAAAGAGUACGCUGCCAAAAUAUGACCCGCCUUACGUCAAGAAACCCAUUGCGAAGAGUUUCGCAGCCGGCUCCACUACGUCCAACAACUCUCAAGAGGAUAUUUCAAUUGAGGGCGGAAAAUUGCACUCCUUCAAUAACACAUUCAGCCGCGGGGACUCCCAGCGAGUGAUCUUCAGACACGGGAAUCACAUGUCGGGAGCUGGCAACAGUAGCAGAUAUCCAGACCACAAACAAAUGAAACGCGUGCACUCUGGUAGCGAAGAUGAACCGACGCACUCAGGUGAAGAAGACAUAGCCUUCAUAGAUGUGCAGCCAAACUCGAUGCCCAAGUUACCCGAGAAGGGUAUCCUCAAGAAGCAUGGCUACGGAGCGGUGGAUGGCAAAGACAAAUGGGCCGAUGAUUCACAGUCUGAGCAGCUGGAGGCUGGUUCUCAGUCUGAUGGCCAGGAACCCUCCGGUGCUGUAGCUGAUAUGGAGUACAAGUUUAAGGAUCUGAACGGCUACCACGAAAACAUAAUAGUAGCAUUAAAGACGGCCGCAGCACAACGAGCUAGUGCUGGGGCAGCCGUUGGCUCCGGAGACCUUCGAGCUCUUCAAGAGUACGAGUACAAAAGGGAGCGGGCUCCAAGCGCCGAGAAAAUCCACGAAGCUGAAUUGAGAAGGCAAAGGGGUGAAGACGAAGAGGAUGAGGCUCCACCGUGUGGACCCAUCAGGAUCAGAAAUCUGGAGGAUCUAAUACGACAGCUGGAACACCACUCCAGCAGACACAUGAGUCCAUCCGGCUCGGAAGACAUCAGGAUGUCGGAGACGGAAGCUGAGCGGCAUUAUAGGAUUGAAGGGGAGGUGCCAUCUCGUUGCCGAGGCCGUAUCGGUCCCAACGAGGAAGAAUCCCGUUUCGGGUACCCCCGCUUCCGCGGCAGCACGCGUCACCACCCCGCCAUGUUUGCGGCUGCAACGGCCGCGUCCACCGCCCUGCUCACUCACGGGGCGAUCGGAGCUCACGCGGCGCUCACCCACGGGGUGCAUUGUGCCCCGCCAGACGACGACGCACUCUAUGAAACCGCCGACGCUGAAAGACUGCGUGACGCCCGAGACAGCGAGAGUGAUGAAUUUAUUCAAGCUCAACAACAGUUAGCCCGGUGGGCAAGUGAAGAGGCGGUCCCGGCGGCGCGCGAGUACUUCCCCUCGCCGCCCUCCCCGCGCUCCCCCGCCAGCUCCGCCAGCGAGCGCCCGGCCGCCUUCCCGGAGUACAAGCACUGACAGCGAGCCGCCGCCAGCCGUAGCGCUACGCCGUAGCCGUAGCCGACAUGUGAAUACGCAUCCGUGUAGUCAACAAUUGUAAAUAAUCGAACUGCACUAAUAUUUAACGAUAUGACUGAUGAUUAGAGUGUAAAACGUCGAGUGCGCCGCACCGCCGCCGAUCCCUUUUACGUUGAAAUGUUUUCAUUCCUUUUGAAUCAAUACGCUUUAUAACUCUUAUCUUUGUUCCGGCGGGCCGGCGGCGGACCGGCCCUGUAUGUUAGUGCUGCGUAACGUUGCCACUGACAUAUAUGUAUUUGUGCGGUACCGAGGUGCUCGCGUCGAGCUCCCGGCCUUCGCGCGAGUAGUUAACGAUUUAGAUAGGCGUAUAACAAAUUGAAAAUAACCAUAUGAUUCGUCGGAGCGAGCUCGACGGCGACCCCGCGCCAAAAGCUCAGUCUCAACUGACCGCGUGUCUGGAGGUCGGUAGGAACAGAAGGCGGGCUACAGCCGUCCCCGGAGAGACUCCAACUUCAUUGCACUGUAUCACCUCUCCGAAUAUACGCCCAACUUCACGCGACUUCAAGAGAGACAACAUUAAUGAUAACACCAAACGAAAUCAGUCAAAGAUUUAGUAAAAAUAAAAAGGAUUUAGGAAAUAAAUUUUUCGUUGGUCGACUGUCACGCUGAGAACUCGAACCGUACUCAAAUAAUUUUUUUGUA